AAACAGUCAUAUCGCACAAGUCAAUCAGAAUGGAUUUCUCCGGUAAAGUAGUGCUCAUCACGGGAGCUAGUAGCGGAAUCGGUGCUGCUACUGCCAAAUACCUAACCGAAUUGGGCGCUACAGUGGCUAUGACCGGAAGAAAUGCGGAAAACCUCAACAAAUUUGGAGCAGAAUGCGAGGCUGUGGGAAAGCAGAAGCCAUUUCUUUUGGUAGCCGACGUGACCAAAACUGAGGAUAACAGUCGGGUGAUUGAAGAAACCAUCAAGAAAUUCGGUAAACUGGAUGUCCUGGUGAACAAUGCUGGUAAAGGGGCGGCCGGCAGCAUUGAAACUACCACUUUGGAACAAUACGACGAUAUUAUGCAAACCAACGUGAGAGCCGUCUAUCACCUGACGAUGCUGGCUGUGCCUCAUCUUAUCAAGAGUAAAGGCAAUAUUGUUAACGUAUCAAGCGUCGCCGGGACGAGAUCUUUCCCGAACGCUUUAGCCUACUGUGUUUCCAAGACCGCCCUGGAUCAAUUCACGCGGUGUGUUGCACUUGAUCUUGCGCCGAAGCAAGUCCGAGUAAAUUCGGUCAAUCCAGCGGUUAUUGUAACGGAUUUUCACCAUCGUGUGGGUAUGAAUGCCGCUGAUUAUGCAACAUAUUUGAAGCAAUGCGAACAAACCCACCCACUUGGUCGGGUGGGUCAAGCGUCGGAAGUCGCUGCUGCUAUAGCAUUCCUAGCCGCAGACACUGCCAGCUUCAUCACGGGAACGAACCUCUGUGUUGACGGGGGCAAGAACAUUUUGUGUCCACGAUAAAGCAAUCCUCAUAUCAAAUGCUAUGAGUAGCGUGAUUCAAAUUACAUUAAGAAACUCUUGGUUCCAGUUCUGGGUGUAUUUUAUAAAUAUUUGAAAUAAAUACUUUUUGCAAA